UUUUUAAUUCUAGUUCGAUGUAAUUUCAUUUUUUCCUCUUUCUUCAUAUGUCUUCUUCGUGUUGUUCGUUAAACUGAGUACUUACAAAUUCUCGAUGUUCGUUAUUUACGGUACUCAAUGUAAAAAAUUUGCUUGUUCGUUAUAAGCGGUUUUCGUUAAAACGAAUAUUUCGGAAAACUACUAAAUACAAAUUGCUAUAAAAUUUGUAAACAAAUGAAAAACAUCAAUUUGCGUAUUUAUAGCCGAAAGUUAAAAAACAAAAGAAUUAUAAAAAAAUAACAUGGAUGUAAAUCAUCGUCUUAUAGAGGCUGUGCGUCAGUGUCCUUUGCUUUACAAAAAUAAUGCGUCCUUAUCGGAUCGUAGUUGUGGUUGGCAGCAAAUCGCUCAACAAAUGAAAAUGCAAGAGGCCCUUUUGAAGACGCGUUGGCAUUGUUUACGUGAACAUUACAAGCGUAAUGCCAUAGCAGACAAUCAGAUAGACACUAAUCAGUUUCCGUACAAAAAAGAAAUGAAAUUUUUAUUGCCACCCAGGGAAGACGAACAAGGUGAAGCAGAAUUUAUGCCAGACGGCAGAGAAUGUAUAAUAUAGAGAAGGUUCACGGCGGGCUAAUGACCACACUGGUUUGCUUUUCGAAGGGGUACUCGUUUCUAUAAGCGAGUUUCACCACAGAAUUCUAUAAGGGAGUUUCACCAUUGUUUAACAUCAGAGGCCUAGAAAAUAGCAGAAUUGAGCGUUUGCAGUGUUAAAUGAGAAA